UAGACAGCCAUUACCGAAUCACGGUCGUGGUAUUAAUCUCUUCCUUGUCCCGGUUCGGUAGAAACCGUACAAACCGUUGAGUCGCAGCCCUGGUCAGACAGUCUGUAUCUAAACGUGAGUCCGAAAGAGGAGAGAAGGUUGUCGUGAGGAGGGAGAUAAACCACAGCAUCCCUGUCUCUAAUCCUAUAGGAUAUUCGGACUCGGGGACCGCUAUUCUCCGCCCUUCGGCGUGAUGGAGUCCUCGGACGAGGAGACACUGAGCGAGCGCUCCUACGUUAGCGAGAGGAGCGAGCGGUCUUUGCGUAGCGAGCGCUCGGGGGGCUCCCUGUCCCCCUGCCCGUCCGGACUCCAAGGCCCCUCUGGGGACACCCUACCCUGGAACCGACCGUCCAGACACGAGAGAGGAGAAAGGAGAAAGAGGAAAACCCACAACUCUGUGCUGGACCCGGCCGAGAGGGCGGUGGUGCGUGUUGCAGAUGAGCGAGACCGGGUGCAGAAGAAAACGUUCAUGAAAUGGGUGAACAAACAUCUCAUCAAGGUGAGGAAGCACAUCACAGACCUGUACGAGGACCUGAGAGAUGGACACAACUUGAUCUCCCUCCUGGAGGUCCUCUCUGGAGUCACCCUGCAGCUCAAGGGCGUGUCCUCGCUGAGGAGGGUGUGUAUGUCCCGAGCCCCCCCGCUCAUCUUACUCGGGGGGGAGGAGGAGGAGGACGGAGCUCAGGGACCCAGGGAAAAGGGUCGCAUGCGAUUUCACCGGCUCCAGAAUGUCCAAAUUGCCCUGGACUUUCUCAAACAGAGACAGGUCAAACUGGUGAACAUCCGGAACGAUGACAUCACAGACGGCAACCCCAAGCUGACACUGGGCCUCAUCUGGACCAUCAUCCUGCACUUCCAGGUCUGUGCUGCUCUAUGUCUUCUAGCUCUAUGUCGAGGUCCACCUCACGACAGAGGUCUCUAA